GCAACCAAUCAAUCGCCGACGAAGGUUAUUACGAUGAUCGCUCGCAGCCUACUUGGACUUGCCCUGCUGGUGGUUUGCAAUUCGGCAGUUGACGACCACGAGGUUGCCACUCGAAUAGCCAGCGCUAAAUGUCAGGAAUACGUGGAUAUGGUUUCAACGCCACAUGACGUCAUGACACUGGCGCUGGAUUCACCCGUUCGACACGUGUACAGCCUGGAGUGUCCACUGCAGAACCCUUACGUGCUCGGUGGCAAACGGGUUACCAAACAUGAAUUCCCCCACAUGGUAGCGUUGGGUUACCGAAGGUUUCCGGGAAGCACCGAUUCUUCCAAUCGGUACGAGUUUCUUUGCGGUGGGACACUCAUCAGCGAGCAGUUCGUUUUGACUGCCGCCCAUUGCAUUAACGACAAACUUGAUGUUGUUCGAGUCGGAGUUGUGGAUCUGAACGACCCAGACGCUGAGGAUUAUCGCAUCGGCGAACAGUUCAUUCAUGAGGACUAUUCACCGGUGACGAAAUACGAUGACAUAACUCUGCUACGGUUGCAUCGCAACGUGAGCAUCACACUUCACAUUCGACCGGCUUGUCUAGGAACGGACCGUACCGAACGAAUACGACGUGCCACGGUUACCGGCUGGGGUAAAACAGAUCUUGAUUCGGGCCCUUCCAACGAACUGAACAAGGUUUCGCUAGACGUACCAACGGAUCGUCGGAAAUGCUCCAAAAUGUACAACCGUCCCGGGUACAGCCGGCUGAUGGAUCGACAGAUUUGUGCCGGAUCGUUGGAGGGCAGUCAGGACGCUUGCCAGGGAGAUUCCGGGGGUCCGUUGCAGGUGUUCGAGGAAGGCAAAUGCCGCUACCACGUGAUCGGAGUGGUCUCGUUCGGUAAAAUCUGCGGUUCGGCCGAGUACGGAAUCUACACCCGGGUUUCGCGUUACCUUGCCUGGAUCGUCGCAAAAGUUUGGCCCGAUCAGUGGCAGCACCGGGACGAAUGGGAAUACUAAUCA